ACACACACACACGCAUGAAUAUAGAGAUGCACCUGCAAAAUGCAUGCAUCAGCAUGUUUCCAUGCACAUCACAGAAGGUUUAAAACCUUUAAUAUCAAGUCAAGCUCUCAAAUUCAAAGUGUCAACUUGCAUCAGUGAAAGAGAAAAGGACUAAAUCCUGCAUAAGCCUCCUUACCUGACGGUGGAGAGGUGAUGAAUGAAGAGGAGGAGUGAAGUGUGAAUGCCUGAGAGGAAUGCACACGUCUUUUAUACCAUGGCUGUCCUUUGUGUCAUUGAGGAGGAGGAUGGAAAAGAGGUGUGCUGCUCAGACGAGGGCCGUUCCCAUUUGGGCAACACAGAUCACAAACAGUGUGCGAUAAGCUGAACAACACACAUUGGCUUCAGUGUUGCACCAUCCAGCCGUCCACAUUAUCACUCAGCUGCUGUGAUUCUGCACCACCUCUGCAGCGGGCUGAGCUGAGGAGCGUCUCUUGCAUCAAUGGAUUUACGUCAGCAAGUCUGGAAUGCGUAUGCAGUGGUUGGUUUGGUACUCUUUGUGGGUAAAUAUUGUGACUGUGAGACACAAUGGGAGGUUCCUCGCUUUGAUGGCUGGUACAACAGUUUGGGAUCUCCCAGAAGAGGUGCUGCGGGAUCUCACUUGGCGCGCAUUCUGCCUGCGCAGUACUGGGACGGAGUCUACCAGCCGGUGCAGGAGCCUCAGGUGCCAAACGCCCGGAGACUGAGCCGCCUGCUGACCGAGGGGCCCUCCGGCCUGCCCUCAGCGCGCAAUCAGACUGUGCUGGCGCUGUUUUUUGGUUAUCAUGUUGCUUUUGAAAUUUUUGACUCAAGAACUUGUGGGUGCCCACCUGAGUUCAUGAACAUCCCAGUCCCAAAGGGCGACCCUGUCUUUGACCCCAUGGGCACCGGUAAAGUCCUGCUUCCCUUCCAUAGGGGACCAUGGGACAAAGAAACCGGACAGAGUCCCAGUAACCCUCGCAUACAGGUCAAUAUGGUGACAGCUUGGAUAGACGGCAGCUCCAUCUAUGGCCCCUCCACAUCCUGGUCCGACUCUCUGAGAAGCUUCUCUGGGGGUCUCUUAUCUUCAGGCUCAGACUGGAACAUGCCAAAACUAGGAGCGGGGGGCAAUAUGAUGUGGAGCGCUGCUGACCCGUCUACAGGGGAGCACAGACCCCAGGGCCUCUAUGAGAUGGGAAAUACCUGGGCCAAUGAGAAUGUGUUCACAGCAGCAGAGGGGAUUAUCUGGUUUCGCUACCACAAUUACAUCGCCUCCAAACUGCACGAGAAACACCCAGAGUGGUCAGAUGAAAAGCUGUUUCAAAAUGCCAGGAAGAUUGUGGUGGCAACAUUCCAGAAUAUUGCUGUGUACGAAUGGCUGCCGGGAUACCUCGGGGACAAAAAGCUUCCUCCUUACCCAGGUUAUCAGAUGUUUGUUGAUCCGGGAAUCUCUCCUGAGUUCCAGGUUGCCGCCAUGCGAUUUGGUAUUACUAUGGCCCCACCUGGUGUUUACAUGAGAAACAGAACCUGCCAUUUUCGAGACGUAGUCAACAUAGACGGGAGUGUUUCUCCAGCUGUGCGUCUUUGCAACAGUUUUUGGAGACGUCAGAAUGAGAACUCACAGUCCAGCCAGGAUGUAGAUGAUCUCAAGGGCAUGGCUUCCCAGAUUGCUGAGAGAGAAGACAAUGUUGUUGUAGAAGAUCUGAGAGACUUCAUGUACGGCCCUCUGAGGUUCACUCGCUCAGAUCUGGUGGCCCUGACUAUCCAGAGAGGGCGAGACUUUGGGCUUCGUAGUUAUAUGGAGAUCAGAAAAGCUCUGCAUCUCCCUCCUGUAAAGACAUUUGCGGACAUAAAUCCUGAACUCAACAGCACUAACCCACAGUUGCUCCACAAUAUUGCACAUCUGUAUGACGGAGAUAUCUCCAAACUUGAGCGGUUCCCGUGGUGGCUUGUGGAGUCUGUUGAUGGUCUAGGUCCGGUUUUCUCCAUCAUCCUGGACCUUGAACGCAUUCGGAACGGUGAUCGUUUCUGGUUUGAGAACAGGCAAAAUGGUUUGUUCACAGGAGAGAUACAGAAGAUCCGCAACCUAACGUUUCAUGAUGUCCUUGUUGCAGUAACCAGUGCUGAGGAUGCCGAAAUACAGAACGAUGUGUUCUUUUGGAAGGAUGGUGACCCUUGUCCUCAGCCCACACAAGUGAACAUAUCAAUGCUCUGUCCAUGCAUUAACGCAACCAAACUUAAUUACUUUGAUGGAAGCAAAGCUGGCUUUGGAAUAUUUGUCAUUGUUCUCUUCCUCUUUCCAGUUGUUUGAUUACUUCACCUUCACAGUGAGUUUCUUGUGGCCUGUAUGGUGGCAUAUCUCCGCAAGUACCGGUACAGGAGGUUCCAGAGGAGACGAAAGCUCAGAGAGGACAGAGGAUUUGCUGUGGGCAUUGCAGCGCAUGAGUGGCAGGGCCAUAAAAAAUCUCUGCAUCCAGUCAGUGUGGAGGUCGAGAAACAGAAACUGCAGGUCUUUGACAGAACUGGUUCCUCUCUUCGCUGCCUCAGUCUGGGUAAUCAGGAAUAUCUGGAUGUCCUAGUCUCCAAUGACCGUCAUCGUAAAGCUCUGCUACUCAAAGUACCAAAAGAGUACGAUCUGGUGUUGUUUUUUGAUGAUGAGAGCAAACGUACAGCAUUUGUCAAGCAGCUGCAGCCAGAACUGGCAGACAUCAGGCAGGAGAUUAGAGUGAAGGAGAUGAGAGAGCGGGAGCUGCUGAAGGAGGCUUUAACCAAAGAACAGAGAGCUCAGAUUGUGGAGACUUUCAUCAGAAAUGCUUUCUCUAAGGUCUUGGAGAUAGAGAAGUGUGACGCUGGGGAUUUGAGUGGCGUUUCCCACAAGAAGGCGAUGGAGGUUCUCCAGUGUGAGUUGACAGCGUCAGAGUUUGCUAACGCUCUGGGGCUUAAACGCAACUCCUUAUUUGUGGACUCCAUGUUCACACUAGCUGAUAAAGAUGGCAAUGGUUACCUCUCCUUCCAAGAGUUCCUUGAUGUGAUGGUCAUCUUCAUGAAAGGGUCUCCUGAGGAAAAAUCUCAACUGAUGUUCUCCAUGCACGACAUCGGCAGAAAUGGCUUCUUAUCCAGAGAAGAAUUUUCCAGGAUGCUCAGGUCAUUCAUUGAAAUCUCCAACGGCGCUUUGUCAAAGACACAGGUGGAUGAGGGCAUCAAGGUCAUGAUGCAGGCCGCUGGCUUUAACGAAAAAGAGAAAAUCACAUGGCAGGACUUCCACUUCCUCCUGCGGGACCAUGAGAAGGAACUGCAGUUUGCACAACUCAAUGUCAAAGGGAUGGAGAAACAGGGAAGACAGACGCUGAGUCGGGACCUGAGAGUGUCCUUCAUCUGUCCUGCAGAUGGCAACGAGAAGGCGGACAGCCAGGACAUACGCCGGCGGAAAAAGUUGGGUGUCCAAACCCCAAAGGUUUACGUGAAGCCCAAACGUGAGCAGUACAUAAGGAACCCGGUCCAACAGAAAAUCCAGCAGUUCAAACGUUUCAUUGAGAAUUACCGCCGUCACAUCGUCUGCUUCCUCGUCGUGUAUGGGAUCGUUGCAGGCGUCGCUCUUGAGAGAUGUUACCACUACGGUCUGCAGGCAGAAGCCACAGGUGUUCCUGAGACUUCAGCGGUGGGCAUCAUUGUGUCCCGUGGUUCGGCAGCCGCCAUCUCCUUUCUCUUUCCGUACAUGCUCCUCACAGUGUGCCGCAACCUCAUCACGCUUUGCAGAGAGACUUUCCUCAACCGAUACAUCCCCUUUGACGCUGCCAUUGACUUUCAUCGCUUCAUGGCCAUGACCGCCAUCAUCCUUACUGUCGUUCAUAGUUUGGGCCAUGUGGUCAACAUUUACGUCUUCUCCGUCAGUGACCUUGGCAUCCUGUCGUGCCUGUUCCCGAAGGUCUUACCAAACAAUGGGUCUGAACUUCCUCCAAAAUGGUCGUUUUGGUUUUUUCAAACUGUUCCAGGAAUGACGGGUGUUUUGCUUCUCUUUACUUUUUCAUUCAUAUAUGUUUUUGCCUCUCAUUAUUUCCGUCGUAUCAGUUUUCGUGCAUUUUGGCUGACGCAUUACCUCUACGUUGUUGUGUAUAUUCUAACAGUCGUCCACGGUAGCUUUGCUUUGUUGCAAGAGCCUCGCUUCUACAUCUACCUAAUCCCUCCUGCAUUACUCUUCCUGUUGGACAAACUCAUCAGCUUGAGCAGGAAGAAGGUGGAGAUUCCUGUGAUCACUGCUGAGUUGCUCCCAUCAGGUGUGACACAUUUGGAGUUCAAGCGACCGCAGGGCUUCAUGUACCGUUCAGGCCAGUGGGUUCGCAUAGCUUGUUUGAUGUUGGGCACAGAUGAGUACCACCCAUUCACACUGACAUCAGCACCCCAUGAAGAAACCCUCAGCCUUCACAUCCGAGCUGUCGGGCCGUGGACCAGUCGGCUCAGAGAACUGUACACUGAAGAAAACUUGCUUGAGCUAGGCACAUAUCCAAAGUUGUACCUGGACGGACCAUUUGGUGAAGGUCAUCAGGAGUGGGUUGACUUUGAGGUGUCUGUUCUAGUGGGAGGAGGAAUUGGAGUUACUCCUUUUGCAUCCAUUCUGAAGGACCUGGUGUUCAAGUCCUCCAUCAAGUCAAAGAUUCUGUGCAAAAAGGUCUACUUCAUCUGGGUGACACGAACACAACGUCAGUUUGAAUGGGUAUCAGACAUCAUUCGAGAGGUGGAGGACAUGGACACCCAGGAACUGGUCUCAGUCCACACUUACAUCACUCAGAUGGCUGAGAAGUUUGACCUCCGCACCACCAUGCUGUAUGUGUGCGAGCGCCACUUUCAGAAGGUGUGGAACCGCAGUCUGUUCACUGGCCUGAGAUCCGUCACCCACUUUGGCCGUCCACCCUUCGUGUCCUUUUUCAGCUCUCUGCAGGAGGUUCACCAUGAGGUGGGUAAAAUUGGAGUGUUCAGCUGUGGGCCGCCUGGACUGACGAAGAAUGUGGAGAAGGCUUGCCAGCAGAUGAACAAGAGGGAUCAGUCUCACUUCAUACAUCACUAUGAGAACUUCUAGGUCUGACCUACGUGAUUACAGAAGGAACAAUGAGACAGAAACAGAAUACAGCGUUAAAGACGUCAUUAUCUGACACUUUGUCACAUGCAACCACAAAUUGCUUUGAUCUCAAACAACAUUAUUAAUGAUUCUUGCUGACAACUGAUUAAAUGACAUCAUCCCGGGUUUUUUUUUCCAUCUUUGACCUUGGAUAUGAAUUAUGAUUAGAGGUACAUUAAUUUGAAGAUUUAUUUAAGAAAAUGAUUUUCUUUCAUCCAUUGUCAAAAGUGAUAAAGUUACUAAUUCUGCUCAAAAUACUAUUAUAAUUAUUGUGUGUCAUAAUGUCUUUUUGCUGUUGUCCCACAAAUUGCAUCUGCGGUUUGCAAGUAUGCAUAUUUGCAACGAUCAUUUUUUGUAUUAAUCUCACAACUUCUUCUGACUUUAUGUGAAAUAACUGUAACUACCACAUGAAUCACAAAUAAAUUUACAUUUUACAAUAA